UUUAUCCAAAUUUGCGCGGGUUUUGCUGUUGUUAUGGCUCGCUGUCAUUUCACUGUUUCCUUUCACAAAAUCCUUAAUAAAAAGGUAACAGACGAAGGAAAUGCAGCUUAAUUCAAAUGCGCAUCAUUGAGAGCCUUAGUACCAGCCAACCCUGCGUCUGCAAUUAGCACUUUUGACGGUAACGACAAACGGACUGCCAUAUUUGUUGUUUUGGAGUUGUUACAGCGAGACAAGCUAACGCUAUAGUGGCUUCAUAGCAGCAUUACAGGAAAACUUACGGUUACCUCGGAUCACUGUGGAAGCAGGAAUCAUGUCCAAGCGAGAGGCAUUUUUAGAAGCAGCCUGUAAAGAAAAUGUGGAGGGCUUUCUUCGCUUUAUUCAGCUUCACAAGGACAAAGCCGAGCCCUUCGAUGUGGAGGAGGUGUUGCAGGAGAUGCCCAGAGAGCAGAGGGAGGCCCUGUGGAGAAGACUGGCAUCUCUGCUUCAGGACGUCCUGCUGGAGUUUCCCACAGAGCGCGGGGAGGGCAGGGGGGAGGAGGGCGGCAUGCAGGAGGAGCCCACUGCAGACUCUAAACGCGCUGUGGCUGUUGUGGACGGCGUGACGCUCGUCUCUACAGUGUCUCUGCAGGUUUUACAAGACGAUGACCACUAUAGCCCCCUUCUGGAAGUUACCCGACGUCUUCACGAUGUACUGGUGUCGCUUCCUGUCUCAGAAGCACCUCUGCAGAACCACAUCCACGCACUGUGUGAAGCCUGGUGGAAGAAAGGGCUGCAGGAGAAAGAACGGUUUGGGCGCACUGCUUUCUUUGUGUCUCUUCAGAAGAGCUUCAUUCUCAAGAAACCAGGAGCUGAGAUCCAGAGAGUGUGGAGGCUCCAUGACGUGCUUUUGAGUCUUGACUACACAUCAGAAGAAAACAAGCAGAUAAUCGACUUGUUGCUUCAGUGCUUUCACCGCCCUGCUCACAUUCGAAACGAUGAUGGAAAGCGAUUCCUGGUGUUUCUUUUCAGCUGGAACGUCAACUUCAUCUGGGUUAUUCACGGCACAAUCAAAAACCAGCUGGAGUUUUACAGCAAGCCCAUCACUGCUCAUAUUGCAGAGAUCUACUUCAGAGCAUGGAAGAAGGCUAGUGGGGAGUUCUUGGAGAAGAUCGAGAGCUUAUGCAUUCAGGAUUUCAUGCAGAACGCGAUCUUCCUUCAUAGAGCUUCUCCUGUGCAUUCCAAAGUCCGACAGAUUGUGAGCUAUUUCCACAUGAGGAAGGACUGCCGCAACGUGGACAAGAUGCUCUAUAAUCUCUACAAGCCCAUACUUUGGAAAGCUCUCAGUGCUCCUAACUUUGAGGUGCGUGCAAAUUCCACUUUGCUUUUCACUGAGGCCUUCCCAUUUUACGACCCGAGUGAAAGCAACGAGAAGAUAGACGAGAACAUUCAAAAGCAACUGGACACAGCAAUGAACCUCCUUGAUGAUCCUCAUCCGACAGUGCGCUCCAACGCCACACUGGGUGUCUGCAAGAUCCUGGCUAAAUGCUGGGAGCUCCUCCCACCUACAAUCAUCACAGACUUCAUGAAGAAGCUGGUGGCGGAGCUGGCGGCUGACAGUAGCUCCCCUGAUGUCCGCUGCUCAGUGUUCAAGUGUCUGACUAUUGUCCUGGACAACGCUCUCAGCCAUCCACUUCUGGAGAAACUCUUACCUACGCUCAAAUACAGCCUUCAUGAUAACUCAGAGAAAGACAAGGCAACCAGUGGUCGAAAGGUAUGCAUCAUGGAGACGGUGGAGGCCAAACCCGACCUGGCGCUGGCUUACCUGGAGCACCUUUUCAGCCACACUUCAACACGUGAGAAGGUCCUGGCUCUCGGUGCGAAACCACUGAAGCAGCUGCAUACAGUUCUGGGGAACUGGAAGUUGGUGCUCUACAGUCAUCUCAGCUCCACCACAGAAGACCCCAAACAUGCCAGCGUGGACACGGCACUGAACGCCUUCAAGCACCACGGCCGCCUCGGCGCACAUCUGCAACAUAACCUGUCAGAUGGCCGUGACUACCUGCUCUCUCUGGAGCAUGUGGCUGCGUGGGUAGCCGACAGGGUGCUGCCCUUUCUAGCGAAACGUAGCGACGAUGACAGCGAGGACUCUGAGAAAUCUCAGCCACAGCCGCUGGCUGCAGAGAUAUCCGAGAGCUUCCUGACAGUAUGCCGUGACGUUUUGCUCGUGGGUUUGGGCGAUGAGACAUUCAAGGGUCAAAUCCUACACCUGUGCUCGCUCAUCCUCCUCUCAGAAGCGGGCUACCUGUGCAUCCCUGCAGUGUUGCCAAUUUUGAAGGAGGUGGCAAACAGCUAUGCACCUGAGGACAGCAAGGAGCCUGAAGAGGAUCAGGAGGAUCCAACCACUGUUAUUUUAGGUGUGGUGUCUAACAUUUUCCAGAAGAUUAUAGAGCUCUUGGCCCGUCGCCUUAGGAAGGAUCCAGAGGAAGGAAAGCAGCUCUGUCAGUCAGCUGUUCCCGGUCUGACGGACUUCCUUCAGGUGGCCCAACUCUGGGACCGAGCACCUCUCAGCGGGGUCUUCUCUACUUUAUUUGCUGUUAUCGUUGUGGAGAAGAGACAUUUGCUUCAGAAGAUUGAGCAUCCUGAGGCGGUGAUCAUCCCAGAGUCAAUGGACGACAUGCCUCCUUUGUCCAGGAUCUUACUAUCUGUCCUCCUCAAGUCACAGCCUGUUACCAGGGCAUUUCUGGCAGAGGUCUGCACAUCUGUGGAUUCCGAGGCCAUCGGCAAUCCCGUUGAACUCGCAGCCGUCCUGCACGUCUUGGCGGUCAUCAAACACGCCGGACAGUCUAAAGCGGGCUUGAAGAGCGCAGCUGUGUCCGUCCAGCAGCAGCUUUACAAACAUGCAGUCACCUUUGCAGACAGCACAGACGUCCAGAGGGUUAUUUAUGAAUCUUCUGUGACGACUUUGAAUGAGAUUCUGCAUUUAUGAGUUCCAACUUUAAAAGACAAACGUUUCUAUGUGAUGUAUUUUCUGCUUUAUUUUGUUUUGUUUGGUCUGCUUUCCUGAAGGUCGAUUUUCCCACUUUUGUUUUAAGGGUUUGGAUUAAUACCAGGAAUACAAAGUUUUCCAAGGCUCGCUAAACUCCUGCAUUGUAUUUAUUUCUUGAUGGCAUACAAUACUCAGUUCCUGUCUCAAACUUUCUAUAUUUAUGUUAACAAAUACAGAUUGAGAACUUGACUUAAGAAAUAUGGUGGGACUUUUCUUUUAAGCUUUCACUCGUCAUAUAUUUUUUGAAAACAAUUUGAAAUGCAUAUCUUCAUCAUGUGUCUGCUGCUCUGUCAGCUUGCAGUUUGCUGCUAAUCAGAAUAAAACUAACUGUAUCAAUCA